AUGCUGCCAAGGGAUCCGCCGGGACCAUGCUCCUGUGAAAGUCCCGAAGCUGAGGAGGGUGCAGGGAAAUCUUCCAGAAUCCCUGAGGAUGACAUCAGGUUGAGAAAAAACAGAGACCAAAACUGUGCCAAUUUCUUGGAGCCAGCUACUGUGCUUGCUACAAAGGAAGAGAAAAUGGAAAUUGAAGUUCCAGUUUCUGAACGUAAAAGCAUCACCACAGUGGCUUCACCACAUCCCAUAGACAAUCCAACCCACUUCUUUUCUCCUGCUGCCAGCCACAAUGGACUUAAGGACAGGCACGAAUCUCUGGACAGUGAAGUUGCUAAAGAGAUCAGAUACCUAGAUGAAGUGCUGGAGGCAAAUUGCUGUGACUCUGCUACAGAUAAUACCUUUAAUGGGACAUCCUCCCCUGAACCAAGUGCAGUUUCCAUUAUGGAUGGCUCAGGAGCAUCUGUUAAUAUCAAUAAUGAUUCAGUACCCAGCGAAAGGGAAGAAAAUGUAGCCGACAAGCAGGCACCCUUGGUAGUUGAACCACAGGAAGCUAGUAUAACAGACGAGAACCUGAAAUCAAAUGGCCAUUCCUUGGAUGGACUGAAGGAAGACACUAGGGAAAGUCUGAAGGUGCCAGGAAGCCCCACUUCUUCAAACAGUUCUAGAAGAUCCUCUAAGGAUGGAGAAACGACUCUUACAACCCUUAAGAAAGAGGCUAAGUUUGAACUACGAGCUUUCCAUGAAGACAAAAAGCCCUCAAAGCUCUUUGAAGAUGAGGAAGAGAAGGAAAAAUACAGGGUCCGCAAAGUCAGACCAUCAGAGGAAAUGAUGGAACUUGAAAAGGAAAGAAGGGAACUCAUUAAAAGCCAGGCUGUCAAGAAAAACCCCAACAUUGCCGCCAAAUGGUGGAACCCUCCCCAAGAGAAGACCCUGGAGGAUCAACUGGAUGAAGAGCACCUGGAGUCCCACAAGAAGUACAAGGAGCGCAAGGAGAGACAGCAGCAGCAAGGUGCAACACCAACAUCCCCCAAACAGAUCAGCUGCUCCUUUGUACCACCAGACCCAGUCAAUAUCAAGAAAGAGGAUAUUGUCACCGAGCAAAUUGACUUCUCAGCUGCCAGAAAGCAAUUCCAGCUGAUGGAGCAUUCAGGUCCAUCUCAGGGUCAGCCCCCCCCGAGGCGGUCAGGAACACCCAAAAUGUUCUCCAUCAAACCCUUCUACAAAAGCCUCAAUUCUCCACAUGUAGACAAGCAACUGUCCUCUGUGACAAGACCCGUUUCAGUGUGUGGGCAAACAGGACAGCUUGAGGGUAACAAUGCCACAGUUGUCAAAGCACAGAAGGUCUCCUGUACCUCAGAAGAUGAUGCAAGUGCUCAGACUACCACUGCUGACUCGGCAAGAGAGUUACGGUGCAGUGAUAGCCCCAGAGCUGGACAGGCCUCAAAACUGUGGGCAGAGGAUGGAGAAUUCAUGAGUGCGAGAGCAGUCUUCACUGUGGUGAAGGAUGAUGGACAGGGCGUGCUAGACCAGUUCCCAAAGUCAGCCAGCGCCUCUUCCCCUCCAGAGGAGCUCGACUCUGGUUUGGAUGACUUGUCUGUCAGGUCUCAGGAUACCACUGUCUUGGAGACCCUUUCCAAUGACUUUAGCAUGGAUAACAUCAGUGACAGCGGUGCCUCCAAUGAGACCAUGAGCGCCCUGCAGGAAAGCUCGCUGGCUGAUUUCUCACUGCCACAGACCCCACAGGCCGACACUCCGGCAGAGUGCAGGGGUGAUGGCAUCUCCAAGUCCUUCAGCGACCUGGGCUGUGACUCACCCUCCCCAGCAUUGGCAGACUCCAUGCUGAUUGAUGAUCAGCUGGAGUACCACGCUGGUCUGCUGGUUCAAAACGCCAUCCAACAAGCCAUAGCCGAGCAGGCGGAUAAAGCAAACUACAAGGAAGAAGGAAUCCCAGCGGAGAAGGAGAUCUCUGUCAAAGAGCAGCCAGCCACCACUGGGCCAGCUCCAGCCUCCAAGGAGCAACAGAACCCAAUGUUCGAGCCACCCCAGGUGUCUUCACCUGUUCAAGAAAAAAGGGACACCAUACCAAAGACUUCAAAAGAGGAAGACUCAGGACUCAGGGAGGGGAAGAGUUUGCAGCAGUCGCCCGUGUACUCAGCCAGCCAGCCAUUCCUUGUGGAGGAAAAUAGGCAUGAAGUCAGCUAUUUCAGCAAGUAUUCAGAGGCAGCUGAGUUGAGGAGCACCGCCUCCAUCCUCGCCACUCAGGAGCCUGAAGUGACCGUGGGCCCUUUCAAGUUACGGUCGAGGAAGCAGCGGACUUUGUCAAUGAUAGAAGAAGAGAUCAGAGCUGCCCAGGAACGAGAAGAGGAACUGAAGAGGCAGCGCCAAGGUCUGCAGGUGGCAUCAAGCCCUAUUAUGAAGAGCGCACCACCCAUGCCCACCAGAACCGUGUCUUACAAAACUGCACCAGGAAAGAUAGAGAAGAUCAAGCCUCCUCCAUCUCCUACCACAGAAAGCCAUGUCUUGCAGUCUGACCCACCGCCCGAGGAGCCCGCGGGAGCCCAGCGACCCAAGAACCUGAUGCAGACCCUCAUGGAGGAUUACGAAACACACAAAACUAAGAGACGAGAAAGGAUGGAUGACAGCAGUUACACCUGUAAAUUACUGUCUAGCAAGGUUACUUCUGAGGUCCUCGAGGCGACCAGGGUGAACCGCAGGAAGAGCGCUCUGGCGCUGCGUUGGGAAGCCGGCAUUUAUGCCAACCGGGAGGAGGACGAAUAA